GCGAGCCAGCAACCCUGGACUGAUACCAUGAUUUAUCCUUACAAUAGCGAGCCCAUAGCGGGAAGACAAUCUAGAGAACAAGCCCCAAUGACUUUCGCAGCUGCUGCAGACCUUUCCGACUUUGCCAUCUCUCCAGCUGAGUUCCUCGCUUCUCGACCAGAUAUUCACAACCUCAUAGCUGGUGCAAUGGUGUUUCGGUCGACGCCCAGUAGUUCUCCUGGCAUUACGAAUCUCGAAAGCCUCUUGCUCCAACGAGCUCCCUCAGAUUCGUUCCCCCUUACGUGGGAGAUCCCGGCGGGGACCGCAGAUCCUAGUGUUGAUCAGAGUAUAAUUAACGUCGCCGUCCGCGAGCUUUGGGAAGAGACGCACCUACGAGCCCGGCGCCUCUUCUGUUCGGUCGGAUUGGGCUUCUCCAAUGGCGUCACUACACUUGCGCUGACGGGUGAAGCAGAAGAGGCGAGGAUGGACUCAGAUUUCAAUGUCUGCUUAUUGCGUGUCUCGGGGCUGACUUGGGCUAUUGUCACUUUCAUAGCUGACAUCGAGGAAGGGGACCGAGAGGUGGUGUUACGACCGGACGAACACGUGGCAUGGGCUUGGGUGACUGAAGAUGAGGUCAAGAAGGGACAGUUCAACCACGAAACAGGGAAGAAUAUGGAAUUGGCCAGCGAAGCUAUGAGGAUGAUUCUGUUGGAAGGGUUCAAAUUACGGAAAGAGAUGACCCAAGAGUAG